CGAAGGGCCGUUCUAUUUGAGAAAAAAGAGAGUAAAAGCGAAAAUCUGAUCUUUUUAGGGUUUCCGUUUGCUCGGGCGAUGAGAAGGAAGAUCGUAUAUCAUUAUGGACCAACAAACAGUGGGAAGACGUACGCUGCUCUACAGCGCUUCCAGCAGGCAAAGGAUGGGAUCUACUGUGGGCCACUGCGGUUAUUGGCUAUGGAGAUCUAUGACAAAGCCAAUGCUCAUGGGGUGUACUGCAAUCUUACUACAGGACAAGAAAAGAAGGAGAUGCCAUUUGCCAAACAUGUGGCGUGCACUGUGGAGAUGGCAAGCUUUCACCGUCCUUUUGAAGUCGGUGUGAUCGAUGAGAUACAGAUGAUGGCGGAUGAGUUCAGGGGAUGGGCAUUUACGAGAGCUCUUCUUGGUUUGCAAGUGGCAGAGUUGCAUGUGUGCGGUGAUCCCUCUAUGCUUCCGGUAAUACGUGGGAUUGCGGCGCAAACGGGUGAUGAUCUGGAAGAACAUCAAUAUGAGCGAUUCCGGCCAUUAAAGAUUGAGACGGAGUCCUUGCGAGGUGAUUUCAGAGCAAUUCGGCCUGGGGAUUGUAUUGUGGCAUUCAGAAGAAAGGAUAUCUUUGAGAUUAAGAAACAACUGGAGCUGCUUACAGAUCACCGAUGCUCUGUGAUUUACGGAAGCUUGCCCCCAGAGACACGGCGCCAGCAGGCGAAGUUGUUCAAUGAUCCGAAUAGCGGGUAUGAUGUCUUGGUUGCGAGCGAUGCUGUUGGUAUGGGAUUGAAUCUCAAUAUCAACCGCGUUGUCUUCUUCUCUUUGCAAAAAUUCAACGGAGCUGAGAAAAGACAGAUCACCCCAUCGAUGGUUAAACAGAUCGCAGGGAGAGCAGGGAGGCGGGGCAGUCGGUAUCCUGAUGGGAGUGUGACUUGCUUUUUUAGUAUCGACACACCAUACUUAAUCAGCUGCAUGGGAAGUGAUCUUCGCGAGGCGGAUGGUGCCGGUCUGUUUCCUUUCUUUGAGCAGGUAGAACUGUUUGCGGCGCGGCUUCCUGACGUCAAUUUCUCCACCCUUCUGGACAGAUUUGCGAAAAGCACUCGCCUCGAUGGAGCGUACUUCUUAUGCAAAUAUGAUGCGAUGAAGAGGGUAGCAGGAAUGCUGGACCGAGUUCAAGGGCUUACUCUCCGCGACCGUUUCACAUUCUGCUUUGCACCAGUCAACGCGGGGGACAUGAGAAUGCUGGCGGUCAUAAUCCACUUUGCAAGUCAGUAUGCAAAAGGGAUCCCAGUGCCGCUGAAGAUGAUGCCUCCAAUGCAGAUGGGAAAGACGGGAGACUUUGACCUCCUUGACCUUGAGACUAAACAUCAGGACUACUUUGAGUAUGGGAGAUGGUUACGAAUUCUGAUGACAUCUGAGACAGUGACAUUGGGACAACGAGUCGAGGGCUACUUGGGAUCUGAUUUCAUCUUCCUUAAGAUGUACUUGACAUUGUGAGAUCGAUAUCUGAGAUAUUGUGAGACUUGGCAUUCG